AUGAAUGUGGAUCCAAUCUUGAGUGAAGUGGGAGAAGUAUGCGAGGAAGAAAUAAUAGUACCCUCACCAAUUAUUGAAUACGGCGAAAAAAGACUAGCUAAAAGAAGCAGGGAAGAUGAAGGGGAUGAGGAAUGGGUUGAAAUCAGAAAUAGAAAAGCAAGGCGAAGGGAAGUGAGGGGUAUUAUAGAUAUUUGCAUUUCCUCAACAAAUAUUUUACCCAAACAAUUUGCUUUAGCCAAAAUAUUCAGGGAUCAGGGAAUCACCGACAUAAGCCGCGUUAAAUAUAUAAACCCAUAUAAAAUAAUCGUGGAGGUAACUAACGCGUGCAGUAUGGAGAAAUUAACUUCCUGCGAAUACCUUCUCGGGUUGGUAUGGAGAUUUCAACGACCGAUGGAAGUUGCUCUUUCCUAUGGCGUUAUCAAACAUAUAGAGCUGAAUUUGUCUGAAGAAGAAUUGCUAGAUGCGAUCACUAGCGUAUAUGAGGUAGCUAGUUUGAAAAGACUUAAGCGUCGGUCUGAAGUAGAGGGAGGUUGGACAGACAGUGAAGCAGUCAUUCUUGGAUUUAAAGGGCCGUCUUUGCCUGCCUACAUACACAUUUAUAGCAUGCAAGUGAAAGUUGAGCCCUAUAUGUUUCCAGUGACGCAAUGCUCUAGAUGCUGGCGGUUCGGGCAUACUAUUAAGAUGUGUCCUACGAAAACAGUAUUUUGUCCAAAGUGUGGUGGGAAACAUGAUAACUGCCCAACGACAGUGUAUAAGUGCAUUAACUGCUCUAAAGACCACAUGGCGUUAGAUCGUAGCUGCCCGGAAUAUCGUAGGGAAAAAAAGAUACGGGAAAUAAUGGCCGAGUUUAAUGUCUCAUACCGAAAAGCUAUUACAAUGUAUGUUCCGCCGCAACUUAAUGCAAAGGAGGCUACGCUCCCAGCGAACCAAAGUUAUCCUGAUCCUCGUGCCCCAACGCCGGCACCUACAAAUCAUCAAUCCCCGGCGAAAUCUACCACAGAAGCCCUGACGUAUGCACAAGUUGCAUCAACUCGUGCGAGGAAGACAGAAAUUACUAAUAAAGUAAAGAAUAGAAACACAAGUGACGCUAAAAAGAAGAACAAAGAAAAGGAAAAAAAACAAGAACUGGAAGCAAACAGCGAUGAAGAAAAUAUGAUGGUUAUAGACUCCGAGGAAACUUCAGAAAUAUCAGAUAUGUAA